CUGGAUGCCGCCAGCAUGGCCCAGGCAGCCCCCAGCCAGCCGUACUGCCGAUCCGACAGCAGCGACUCGGCGGCCCACAUGCUGGCCGACGGGCCGCGGGCCGAGAAGUACCGUCGGAAGAAGCGCUGCAGCCCGGUCUGGCUGGCCGUGGCCGCCAUGGGCAUCCUGGCCCUGCAGAUCGCCUCCAGCACCGGCCUCUUUGUCUACUUCACGAUGUCCAUCUCCAAGCUCAAAGCCCAGGCCCAAGGCAGCUCUGAGGAGGGGCAUUGCCUCUUGCUCCUCAGCCGAAUGCAGGAACUCUCAGACCUGGAUGAGUUGAUCGGCAACCAGUCGUGCCUCAAGCUGGCCAGCAACAUCAAGACCUACAUCGCCAUGGUGACAGAGAACGUUAUUCGUAAGAGUGCUCAGACUGAUACCUCCCAAAAGCCCACCAACUCUUCCGGCAGGCAGCUGGUGAUCAGGCAGCCGGGCAGCAAACCUUCAGCACACCUCACGCUCAGAGGGUGGAACCCAUCCCAGGCAGGUAGCCCAGGGCUCUUUGGGGAGCUGCCUCAGUCCUGCCAGCUCCCAAUUCCUUACUGGGCCAAUAGAACCAUGCAUUCACACCUGCAGAACCUCUCCUACCAGGAUGGCAAGCUGCAAGUGAGCCAGCCAGGAAAAUACUACAUCUAUGCCCAGAUCUACUUCCGCUACCCCACAGAAGGCAUGACUUCCCAGGCCGUGGGCCAUCAGCUGGUGCAGUGCAUCAACCUCCAGAGCAACAAUGGGCAGACCAUCACACUGCUGAAAGGGGUGGGCACCAAGUGCUGGGCGCAGGAUGCCACCUACGGGCUCCAUGCUCUUUACCAAGGGGGCCUCUUUGACCUCAGAGCUGGCGAUAGGCUCUUUGUGUCCGUCUCCACGCUGGAUAUCAACUACGAUGAGGAAGGCAGCUAUUUUGGAGCCUUCCGUCUUGAUGCGUGAAG